AUGCCAAUUGAAAAUUGUCCUACGUCGUUUCGUGUUAUGACCUACAAUAUUCGAUGGGAUGUGGUUGAAGACGGUCAAAAUCAGUGGAAUCUUCGCAAAGAUCGAUUAAUCAGCCUCAUUCGUUAUCGUAAACCUGAUAUUUUUGGCGUCCAAGAAGCUUUGCCGCAUCAAAUGGUAGAUUUAAGGAUGGCGUUUCCUGCCUUUGGUUGGUACGGUGUUGGUCGUGACGACGGCAAAAAUGCAGGCGAGUUUUCCGCCAUAUUUUAUCGUUCCAAUCGCUUCGAAAUACUUGAUAAUGGUACAUUUUGGCUUUCGGAAACGCCGGGUGAAUCGUGGACUGGUCAAUAUUUUCGUGAUACUAUCUUAAUACAACAUGUAAUUGCAUUCCUCAAAGAUGAAGAAAAUGUAAUCAAUGUGGACGAUGCCAUAUUUGUUCAAGACAAGGCACCAUUUAUACGAGCAAAUAUGACUCAAUAUUUACUUCAAGACAACGAUAUAAAUUUUUGGGGAAACGAUACCUGGCCUGGAAAACCACCUGAUCUAAAUGUAGCCGAACAUAUAGGAAUAAUGAUAUAA